AUGCGCCAGAUUGUCGGUAACCCUACCAACUCAGACGUCAAGAAGUCCGCUCUCCCUAACAUCGAAGAGCACUGGAAGCAAGAGUGGGAGCUCUGGUAUUUGAUGACCUCUGGCGCCGGCUAUUACGGACACAUCGAAGACCACUGGAAGCAAGAGUGUGAACUCUGGUAUUUGAUGACCUCUGGCGGCGGCUAUUACGGACGUGAGGUCAAACUGGUUCUGGAUUGGGCAUCGGAGAAGGCUGGACGUCCUUGA